AUGGCAACCGACAACGAUUCACCACCACAACCACAAGAAGUACUCCCCAAAGCCACCGCCACCACCGGCUCAGAAACAUCCAAUAAACUCACCCUAAUCCCACUCAUAUUCCUCAUAUAUUUCGAAGUCGCUGGCGGGCCUUAUGGAGAAGAGCCGGUGGUAAAAGCAGCAGGGCCUUUAUUAGGCAUCCUUGGAUUCAUCAUCUUCCCAUUUAUUUGGAGCAUCCCAGAAGCCCUGAUCACAGCAGAGCUCUCCACCGCUUUUCCGGGCAAUGGCGGAUUUGUCAUCUGGGCUGAUCAAGCUUUUGGACCCUUUUGGGGAUCCCUCAUGGGAACUUGGAAAUUUCUAAGUGGUGUAAUUAACAUUGCUGCCUUUCCUGCUCUUUUUGUUGAUUACCUCAAAAAUCUCUUCCCUGUUUUCUCCUCUGGCGUUCUUAGAUACUUGGCAAUCUUAGUUUCAACUGUACUACUUUCUUUCCUAAAUUUCACUGGUGUAGCUAUAGUUGGUUAUGCAGCUGUAGCUCUUGGGAUGAUUUCUCUGGCCCCUUUUGUUGUAAUGUCUUUAAUAGCGAUCCCGAAAAUUCGAUUUCGUAGGUGGAUUGAUUUAGGCCAGAAAGAUGUCAAAAGGGAUUGGAAUUUGUACUUCAAUACUCUGUUUUGGAAUCUGAAUUUUUGGGAUAAUGUUAGUACUAUGGCAGGGGAAGUAGACAACCCUCAAAAGACUUUUCCUUUAGGACUUCUUUGUGCUGUGGUGUUUACUUGUUUCGGUUAUAUAAUCCCUCUUUUAGCUGCAAUUGGGGCUGUUUCUGUGGAUCAAAGAAAAUGGGAAGCGGGAUUUAUGGUGGAUGUUGCGGAAAUGAUUUCAGGAAAAUGGCUCAAAAUUUGGAUUGAAAUUGGGGCUUUUUUGUCAGGAAUUGGACUGUUUGAAGCUCAAUUGAGUAGCUGUGCGUAUCAGUUUGAGGGAAUGGCUGAUAUUGGUUUCUUGCCUGAGUUCUGUAAACUAAGGUCAAAAUGGUUUAAUACACCUUGGGUUGGAAUAGUUUUGUCAACUGCCAUUUCGCUUGCGGUUUCUUGUAUGAGCUACACAUCCAUCAUUUCUACUGCAAAUUUCUUGUACAGUUUGGGGAUGCUUUUGGAAUUUUCAUCAUUCCUUUGGUUAAGGUGGAAAUUUCCGGCUUUGAAACGGCCGUACCGGGUGCCGAUCCGUCUGCCGGGGAUGGUGAUUAUGUGCUUGAUUCCAUCGGGAUUCUUGGUGUUUAUUAUGGCUAUAGCUACUAAGACUGUGUAUCUGAUGAGCGGGUUGAUGACUGCUGGUGGAAUUGGAUGGUAUUUCUUUAUGAAGGUUUGCAAGUCUAAGAAAUGGUUCAAUUUUAGGGAUUGUUACAUUGAGGAAGACUCAUGA